AAUUCGGCCGGACACAUACAAGCGUCAACACCUUUUGGCACAGACAGACAGGAACAGAAUCAGACUGCAGUCUAAGGUCACUCAGGACGCAAGUUCGAACGCUGUCCUUCGUUCGAAACGUCUAUCUUUCCCACUCAUACAACAAACUUUGCCGCAGGGGAAGAUUAGAGGCCAGCAGAGUCUGUUGAUCUCCUUAUUCACCCUUUCGUAUGGCGUGCUGGAUCUCUCAACCUCGUGUCCAGCGGAGUUGUGCUGAUUCCCACCGUGUCGCAUGUCGGUGCAUCAACUUCCUCGUCACGCGUAUCGCGAAGGACCGCUGGCGACUUGAGCUGCAUUGGAGGCUCCGACGCGGCCGCGACGUCCCGCUACUCACUCCGUCAUCGCUCGCGCUCUGCGCGACCUCGCACUUGUGGAGAUCUGAGGACCUCGAUAGACUCUCUCCAGAAUACACGCUACCGCGGCCGCCUGCUGCAGCGCGAGGUCUCGCGAGCCGCGACCAUGGCCCGCCUUCCUUUUUAGAUCAACGGUUGAUCGGUACCCUGCUCAAAGCGAGGGAUAAACCGGGAUCAAGACCCACCACGCCACUGGGAAAGUCUGGCCUGCCUCUCACACGGCAACGUCCCCUAUUGUACCUGGUUGGCACACACCCAAAUUCAACAAACCAGGGCGUACCGCGGUCUAUCGGAGUACUUUCCGCGUACCCUCUGCGCGUCCUGCACUCAGGCAACAUCUGGCAUCCUCGCCAAGCAGCUCCGACAUCAUGCUGCGAACCGGUUUGAACUGCGUCGUCCGAAAAGAUUCCGCCCGUCGCGCUUAUUUGCCUCCGGAGCUAGCAAGUCAGGCCCAUGUGUCAUGCAUUCGUUCCCCUCGAUCGAGAUCUGCACCUUCGGACUUCUUAUAGCGGCCCACAGGGUUGAUACGGAGGCUUCGCUCUCCGCCUAUGUCGACCAUGACACCCGAGGAACACCACGACGCCGUCUUCCUGCUUGGACCAUGGCUGGUCGGGUGUUACCUGGAGAUAUUCUUCCAGGGUGUGCUGAUGGCGCAGU